UGUCCCUCGGACACAGCGGAUCACUGAUCAUGGAAAAGAGCCGAAGAUAUUGGACAUGUACACUGAUCAUCAGGGCACUGAUGAUCCGUGUGCCCUGAUGAUCAGUGUAGCCCCAGCAGUGCCACCUGUCAGUGUCCAUCAGUGCCUUAUGUCAGUGCUCAUCAGUGCCUCGUGCCAGUGCCCAUCAGUGCCACAUAUCAGUGCCUACCAGUGCACAUCAAUGCCACCUAUCAGUGCCCAUCUGAGCUGCCUUUCAGUGUCACCCAUCAAUGCCUAUCAGUGCCCAUGAGUGAUGCCUGUCAAUGCCCAUCAGUGCCACCUACCAGUGCUUCCUCAUCAGUGUA